GAAAACCCUACGUAGCCUGAUCUUACGGCAGUGAGAGAGAGGGUGAGAGGUAUCAGAGUGCUUCUUGUGUCCGUCUUCUCUCGAAAAUGGUUGCUUUCAGGUUCCACCAGUACCAAGUCGUCGGGAGGGCUCUGCCAACGGAAUCAGAUGAACACCCAAAAAUUUACCGCAUGAAACUCUGGGCUACGAACGAGGUUCGCGCCAAGUCGAAGUUCUGGUAUUUUUUGAGGAAACUGAAGAAGGUUAAGAAAAGCAAUGGUCAAGUGCUUGCUAUCAAUGAGAUUUUUGAGAAGAACCCAACCAAGAUCAAGAACUACGGCAUUUGGUUGCGUUACCAGAGUAGAACUGGCUAUCACAACAUGUACAAAGAGUACCGUGAUACCACUCUAAAUGGUGCAGUCGAGCAGAUGUACCAUGAGAUGGCUUCCCGUCACAGGGUCCGUUCCCCUUGCAUUCAAAUCAUCAAGACGGCCACCGUUGCUGCUAAACUCUGCAAAAGGGAGAGCACCAAGCAGUUCCACAACUCAAAAAUCAAGUUCCCGUUGGUUUACAGGAAAGUCAGGCCACCCACCAGGAAGCUUAAAACCACGUACAAGGCCAAAAAGCCCAACUUGUUUAUGUAACGUGUUUGUGGUAGAAGUAUUCCAUCGGCUUCUUGAUUAGCUGGUUUUGUUUUGAGGAUCUUAGAACUUUGUCAUUGGGUUCAAGCUUUUUGUAUUUUAAUGCUUCUAUUGGAUCUGAUCUUAUAUAUUUAUGAUAUUUGGGUAGGAAUGAACAAAUUUACAUUACUGUUACUUCCUGCUGUUUUUUGUCCGUUGUUUUAAUGCCUCUGCAUUAUAUUAACGAGCGAUUUA